AGAAGCAUUAUUAUUAUUGAGGAAGGAGAAAUGACACCAACAUCCAACUCUUUCAUCCUAUUUCUUUCUUGUUCUCUUUUCUUUUUUGCUCUUGCAAGAAACGAGUUUGUACAUAAGCCAAAUGAAAAAGCACUCCAUUAUCACAACCUUCAAACAAGCUCUUUCUUACCAUCAUCUACUUGUAUCCUAUCCGCUAAAGGUAACAAGAAAAUAGGAUCACUGGAAGUGGUUCACAAACAUGGACCAUGUUCUACCUUUAGUGAAGACAUGGUCAAACCCUUGACAGUGGAAGAAAUAUUUACACAUGAUCAAUCCAGAGUUGACUCAAUCAGGGCUAGAUUAACCAUCAAGAAGGCUGAAACAGAACCACUUGGGUCCAAGGCCACACUCCCUGCAAAGUCAGGCAGCACAAUCGGGUCAGGUAACUAUAUCGUGACUGUCGGAUUAGGCACACCAAAGAAAGACCUUUCAGUCAUUUUCGACACUGGAAGUGAUCUAACUUGGACACAAUGCCAACCGUGUGCCCGGUCCUGUUAUAGCCAACAAGAUCCCAUAUUUGCACCAUCUGCAUCAGCCACUUAUAGCAAUAUUUCAUGCACCUCAACCGAGUGCGCUGGACUCACUUCUGCAACUGGCAACACGCCAAGUUGUAGCUCAACGACAUGUGUUUAUGGCAUUCAAUAUGGUGACCAAUCUUUCUCAGUCGGAUUCUUUGGUAAAGAGAAACUUACACUAACCUCAAAAGAUAUAGUUGAUGAUUUCUAUUUUGGAUGUGGUCAAAACAAUCAAGGACUAUUUGGAGGUGCUGCUGGGCUUUUAGGACUUGGUCGCGACAAGUUAUCUAUUGUAUCACAAACCGCCGCACAAUAUGGAAAAGUCUUUUCCUAUUGUCUCCCAUCAAGGUCUAGCGCCACGGGCUAUUUAACAUUUGGAAAAAGUGGAGCUUCUAACAAUGUUAAGUACACACCGAUCUCUAGCUCACAAGGGAGCUCUUUCUAUGGUCUUAAUCUUUUAUCUAUAUAUGUUGGUGGAGCUAAACUAGCGAUAAGCCCAACGGUGUUUCAAUCAUCUGGUAUGAUUAUAGACUCAGGAACUGUCAUCACAAGACUCCCUCCUACAGCCUACUCGGCUCUAAGAAAAGCUUUUCGUGCACAAAUGACAAAGUACACAUUGACCAAAGCGUUAUCUAUACUUGAUACAUGCUAUGAUUUUACAAACACUCCCACAAUCACAAUUCCAAAAAUAAGUAUGCUUUGGGGUGGGAAUGUGUUAGUCGAUACCGCGUCUUCAGGGAUACUUUACGCUAAUGGCAUUAGUCAAGUGUGCUUAGCUUAUGCUCCAAAUGGUGAUGAUUCGGAUAUUGCCAUAUUUGGAAACACUCAGCAAAAGACACUACAAGUGGUGUAUGAUGUGAAUGCAGGAAAAGUAGGCUUUGCACAAGGAGGAUGUGCUUAAACAAUUAUAUGAAGCAGAAAAGAAAUACAAAGAUACAUGGCUAUAAAGAUAAGCAAAAAGAUUGUUGAAAUAAGGUAUAGGUGUCAGUGUUGUUGAUUUUUACCAUGUUGGAAUUUGUUCAACCUAAAUGUAAAUUGGAUUGCUUUUGAAUUUGGUAAACGAAACUAUAAUGAUUCACGGAGAAAACAAUGACAAUCAUGAUACUUGUAUCAACAAAUUCUCAUUGAAUCAAAUUGUAUAAUUAUAUCAACAAAUUCUCAUUGAAUCAAAUUGUAUAGUUAUGUCA